AUGAGCAAAUAUUCCCAUCUACUGCAGCCUUUGGAUUUAGGCUUUACGCAACUAAAGAACCGCGUAAUAAUGGGUUCAAUGCAUACGGGACUUGAAGAAGGCAAAUCGCUUACUCGACUUGCUGCUUUCUUUGCUGAAAGAGCCAAGGGAAAUGUCGGUUUGAUUGUAACCGGUGGUAUUGCACCUAAUCGUGCUGGUCGUGUCAGUCCUUUGGCUGCUAAAUUGACAACACAUCGAGAAGUAAAUGCACACAAGGAAGUGACACAAGCGGUACAUGACAAUGACGGCAAGAUUGCAAUGCAGAUUCUACACAGUGGACGCUACGGGUAUCACCCGUUCACUGUGGCUCCAUCUCCUAUCAAGGCACCCAUUGGUUGGUUCACACCAACGGAACUAUCGAGUUCUGCAGUUGAAAGAACGAUUCAGGAUUAUGCCAAUUGUGCUGCACUUGCACGUGAAGCAGGAUAUGACGGGGUGGAGAUUAUGGGGUCAGAGGGAUAUCUUAUCAACCAAUUUAUUGUCAAACACACGAACAAACGCAACGAUGAAUGGGGUGGACCUUACGAAAACCGCAUUCGUUUUCCAAUUGAAAUUGUCAAAGCUGUGCGUGCUGCAGUAGGCAGAGACUUCAUCAUUAUCUUUCGUUUAUCGAUGCUGGAUCUGAUCGAAAAGGGCAGUACGUGGGACGAGAUUGUGAUGCUUGCCAAGCAAAUUGAGGCUGCAGGUGCAACAAUUAUCAAUACAGGUAUUGGUUGGCAUGAAGCACGUAUCCCAACGAUCAUAACGAGUGUACCCCGUGGCGGGUUUUCGUGGGUUACUCAAAAGAUGAAAGGCGAAGUUUCAAUUCCUCUUAUUACGACAAACCGCAUCAAUAUGCCCGAUACUGCAGAGCUGAUCAUUUCGGAGGGCAGGGCAGAUAUGGUGUCAAUGGCGCGGCCAUUUCUCGCCGAUCCGGAAUUCUUACGCAAGACUGAAGAAGGCCGAGUGGACGAGAUCAACACGUGCAUAGGUUGUAAUCAAGCUUGCCUGGAUCACACGUUCAAGGGAAUCACAGCAAGCUGCUUUGUGAACCCGCGCUCGGGCUAUGAGACUUUGCUGAAGUAUACUCCGACGAAUGAUGUUCAGCGUGUGGCCGUCGUGGGGUCUGGGCCUGCUGGCUUGUCAUUUUCAACUACAGCGGCAUUGCGCGGUCAUGAGGUGACUUUAUUCGACGAAGCCGAUGUCAUAGGUGGUCAGUUUAAUAUGGCCAAAAUUAUUCCUGGCAAGGAGGAAUUCUAUGAGACCCUUCGCUACUUUGAAAAGCAGUUGAAGCUGAAAGGCGUAAGUGUAAAACUUGGACGACGUGUGGACGCCGCAGAUCUGGUAACUGGAGCGUUCGACAAAGUUGUGAUAGCAACGGGUGUUGUGCCACGUUCCCUUAACAUUCCAGGUGCGGACCACCCAAAGGUCCUAAGCUAUAUUGACGUCCUCAAGAACAAGGUGUCCGUGGGAAAAAAGGUGGCCAUCAUUGGUGCAGGCGGCAUUGGCUUCGAUGUGGCCGAGUUUCUGACUCACGAGGGCGAGUCUGCGAGCUCAAGCGUAGACGCCUUCGCUCGCGAGUGGGGCAUUGACACAAACAACUCCGUCCGUGGUGGUGUCGCUGGCAUCAAGCCCAGCAUCCCACUACCAGCACGCGAGGUCUACCUGAUGCAGCGGAAGAGCACAAAGCACGGAAAGGACCUUGGCAAGACCACGGGCUGGGUCCACAGGCUUUCACUUAAGCAUCGUGAUGUGAAGAUGAUUGGUGGUGUAACGUACGACAAGGUGGAUGAUGCGGGGCUCCACUACACUGAUCAGAAGGGUAAGAGGCAGGUGCUGGACGUGGAACAUGUGCUCGUUUGUGCUGGCCAAGUGCCGCUGCGCGAGCUUGAGAAGCCGCUGCAGGAGAGGGGCGUCACGGUAUUUCGCAUUGGUGGUGCCGAUGAGGCUGGCGAGCUAGAUGCAAAGCGCGCAAUCGACCAAGGUGCCCGUCUGGCAGCAACGAUUGAGACUGCAACGCCUGGUGACCCAUUGAAGGCUGCAUCUACUUUGUCGGCAAAAUUUAUCGAGUUUAUUACAGGUUUUCAGAAGUAA